CACUUCCGCGGGGGCCGCCAUCUUGUCGGCAGUCGGCGGAGGCAGCGCCCGUCCCGUCCCGUCGCGGCCGCCCCGCAGGCCCCGCGCCGCCGCCAUGGCCAACAACAGCCCCGCCGUGGGCGCCGGCAACUGCCAGGGGCAGCAGGCGGCCCAGCACCAGGCCGGCGCCGCGCCCCCGGGCCAGCAGCAGCUGCAGAGCGGCGUCCCGAAGCCGGCGGCCUCCGGCAAGCAGGGCAACGUGCUGCCGCUGUGGGGCAACGAGAAGACCAUGAACCUCAACCCCAUGAUCCUCACCAACAUUCUCUCGUCGCCCUACUUCAAGGUGCAGCUCUACGAGCUGAAGACGUACCACGAGGUGGUGGACGAGAUCUACUUCAAGGUUACACAUGUUGAACCAUGGGAAAAGGGGAGUAGAAAAACAGCAGGCCAGACAGGAAUGUGUGGAGGGGUCCGUGGUGUUGGAACUGGAGGAAUUGUGUCUACUGCCUUUUGUCUGCUCUACAAAUUAUUUACACUGAAGCUCACCCGUAAGCAAGUGAUGGGCCUUAUAACUCAUACAGACUCUCCAUAUAUUAGGGCUCUUGGAUUUAUGUAUAUUAGGUACACACAACCACCUACAGAUCUAUGGGACUGGUUUGAAUCCUUUCUUGAUGAUGAAGAGGACUUGGAUGUGAAGGCAGGUGGGGGCUGUGUUAUGACCAUCGGGGAGAUGCUUCGUUCCUUCCUAACUAAGCUGGAAUGGUUUUCCACGUUGUUUCCAAGAAUUCCUGUGCCAGUCCAGAAAACUAUCGACCAACAAAUUAAAAGCAGACCCAGAAAAAUCAAGAAAGAUGGCAAGGAGGGAAUGGAAGAAAUAGACCGGCAUGUAGAACGUAGACGUUCAAGGUCUCCAAGGCGAUCCAUCAGUCCCAGGAGGUCUCCGAGAAGAUCCAGAAGCAGAAGUCAUCAUCGGGAACCACAUGGAUCAUCUAGCUUUGACAGAGAACUAGAAAGAGAAAGAGAACGGCAGAGAUUAGAACGUGAAGCUAAGGAGAGAGAAAAAGAAAGGCGGAGAUCUCGAAGUACUGAUCGCACACUAGAACGGAGACGAAGCAGAAGCAGAGAACGGUACAGAAGCCGUAGUCGGAGUCGUGACAGGAAAGGAGAUAGACGAGACAGGGACAGGGAACGAGAGAAAGAAAAUGAACGCAGCCGGAAAAAAGAGAGAGAUUAUGAUAAGGAGAGAGGUAGCGAGAGGGAAAAAGAUAGCGAUCGGUCUAGGGAAAGAUCAAAAGAAAGGAGAAGUAAGGGUGAUACAGAAGAGAGAAGACACAAGGAUGACAAAGAUGACAAGAAACACCGGGAUGAUAAGAGGGAUUCCAAAAAAGAGAGAAAACAUAGUAGAAGUCGAAGCCGGGAAAGAAAGCACAGGAGUAGAAGUCGAAGUAAGAAUACAGGUAAGCGCAGCAGAAGCAGGAGCAAAGACAAAUCAAGUAAACAUAAAAGUGAAAGUAAAGAGAAAUCAAAUAAACGAAGUAGGAGCAGAAGCAGAGGAAGAACAGAUAGUGUCGAGAAGUCCAAAAAACGAGACCACAGUCCCAGUAAAGAAAGAUCUAGAAAGCGUAGUAGAAGCAAAGACCGUUCCCACAAACAUGAUCCCAGUGAUAGCAAGGACCAUUCGGACAAACACGAUCGUCGAAGGAGCCAAAGUACAGAGCGAGAGAGCCAAGAAAAGCAACACAAAAACAAAGAUGAGACUGUGUGAACUCUUUCAGAAGUGGAUCACAUUGAAUCCUAUAAAUGUUUGAUUAAAUCCUGCUUAUUUUUUCUUAAAGUUGAGAUUGUGCAGUAGUUGAUGAGCACUCUUCUCCAACCUCCCUCUAGGCUGCAGAUUGUCAUUUCCUAUUUUGGGUAGGGAAGUGCCUUUGUAAACCCAUUCAACACAUUGACGGUUUCAAACCAUUUGUUUAGUUCAAUUCGUAAUGCAGAGAUUGUUCUUGCAUUUUUAUUGUUCAGAUGUUUCUGAAAUGUACAGUCUGUACAUAUGUCCUGAAAAUGUUUUAAUUCCUUUGGCAUGGUUGCCAUGUUGGUUAAAUUUGUAUGAGGCAAUAAACUGCCACUAAUUCUA